AUGAUCAAGACACUUGUAUAUAAGCAACAAAUUGAUCAAUCUGGGUAUGAUCAGCUAUCCAUCGAUGACAGGAAGAUGUUUCGAGAAAUCCUUGCCAUCACCCAUCUCCAAUACAGCUUUCACGAUAAGCUCGAUGAUCCACUUGAUACCCUUCGAGCUGAGUAUGACAAACUGGUCGGAGAGCUUGAUUUAGGAAAUGACAAUCCAAGCAUUAUAAAGCAAUUAAAGUCUCUCUCCGUGGAAAUGUACAGCAAUCGAUUGAUUUCUGAUUCUGAAUUCAAAUCGAUUAUCACCCGAUUAAUAUAG